AAAAUGGAUUGACAUAGUAGCCGUUGUUCAAAGUUGAAACCCAUAGGAAUUUGAAACUUCAAAUCAGUCCGGCGAACAACGAACACUGAGCUGGAGACUGAGAUGGGGGAAGUAGAAGGGCCGAUGCUGAAGCUAACUAUGGAGAAGGGGCCGCUGGCCGGCCAAGGCCUGGAAUUCAAACCCGGAAUUGCCGUUCGGGUCGGCCGGGUUGUACGGGGAAACAAUAUCACCAUCAAAGAUUCCGGCAUCUCCUCCAAACACCUCACCAUCGAAUUCAACUCCUCCGACGGAAAAUGGGUAAUCCGCGACCUCGGAUCCUCAAACGGCACCUUUCUCAACGCCGGCAAGCUCGACCCGUCCUGCCCCGCCUGCCUCUCCGACUGCGACGUCAUCAAAAUCGGCGAGCUAACUUCUAUCAAGGUUCAGAUCGGAGAUGCCGCCCCCGCCCCCGCCCCCGCCCCCGCCCGCGCUCCUACUAGGUCAAGGCGAAACGCCGGCAGGAAAGCGGCCGCCGACACCGCAACAAGCGACGACAGCGAUGCGGCGGCGGAGAAUUGCGAAUUAGGGUUAGUGGCUGAAGAUGCCGACCGCGCAUCUACUAGGCCAAGGCGAAACCCUAGGAGGAAAGCGGCCACAGACACCACAACAAGCGACGACGGCAAUGCGGCAGUGAAAUGUGAAUUAGGGUUAGUCGGUGAAGAUUCCAACCGCGCAUCUUCUAGGCCAAGGCGAAACCCUAGGAGGAAAGCCGCCACCGACGACCGAGAUGCGGCGGAGAAAUGUGAAUUAGGGCUAGUGAGUGAAGAGUUGGGGAACAAUAACAAGGGGAAGAAGGGGAGGCCUCCUCGUCCUCGUACUCGGACUGAAACUCAGGCUGAGAGAGACAGUGAAAGCGUGAAGACCGAACUUCAACCUGAGGGUAUUGGAUUGGAAAAUGCAGGCAUUAGAUUAACAAGGAGCUCGAGCAAGGCAGAGAAUUUCGAUGGUGGGGUUUCUCAAGUUGAAACUGGUGAUACUGAGAUAGUAGAGAAUUUGAGCGCGAUUGAAACAGCGGCACAAUAUGCAGAUGAAAAUGGUGAUCAAAGAAGGACUAGGAAUGCCCGGGGGAGAGGAAGAGGAAACAGGGGAAGAAACCUUGUUCCAAUUGAGCAGCCUCUGGCGAAGCCAAAAAGGGUCACCAGAAGCAAAAAACAGAUCAAUUUACAGGCAGAAAGUGUUACCACGGAAGAAGAGGAGGGAGCAGCAAAAAUGUCGAUAUCUAAGGAGCAGACACAAUGUAAAGUUGAGGCAAUUCGGAGCAUGGAGGAGGAAAGGCAAGUGGAAGGGUAUAAUGCAGUGGAGGAGCUGGUGAAUCUCAGAGAAGAAGGUCACAACGGUGCAUCAAAUACCUCUGGUGCAAAAAAAGAUGAAAAUAGUGUUUGGGAACAAACUAAAUGUCGAGAUGGAUCAAUUCAGCAGAUCGAGGAGGAUGGCCAAAUAGAAGGGAAUCAUGCGGUGGAGGAACAGCUAACUUUUGAGGUCACAACUGUGAAUCUCAGAGAAGAAGGUCACAACAGUGCAUCAAAUACCUCGGGUGCAAAAAAGGAUGAAAAUGGUGUUUUGGAACAAACUAAAUGUCAAGAUGGAUCAAUUCAGCAUCUGGAGGAGGAUGGGCAAGUAGAAGGGAAUCAUACAGUGGAGGAGCAGCUAACUUUUGAGGAAGAAGAAGCCUGCCAUGGUUCACCCAAUGUAUCCGGUGGAAACAUGGGCAAGCCUGAUGUUGAAGAAGUGAACUUGGAAAUUUUGACUCUAGGGGAGUGGCUCGAUUAUUUGGAGAUUUAUGUCCCAAAACAAAUAAUUGAUGUCACAGAGGAGAUGAUAUUGGAAAUGAGAAAAAAGGCUGAGAAAUUGCAAGAAUUUAUGCUGCAUCAGAAGAAGGCCAAGGAGAACACGUAGCAGUUAUGGAUCUAUCUGCAUAUCACAGUGGUUGGUAAACGCCUUUUAAAUUUAACAUGGACAUAUUAGAAAUGUGUCAUGCUCAUAGGAUUAUCUUCUUAUAAUCCUUUACGCUCAGUGUUUGUCUCCUAUUUGUACUUGGUAACAAAAACUUUUGUAUUUUAACCAUUGUCCUUGGUCAUAUACAUUGUCUUUCUCUCAAAAUGCUCUAAGCUUAGAUUGUUACCACUUCUGGGUUUAAUUUCAUUUCUUUCAUUAGGUAAA